ACUUUAAUUAAUAAUUACUAAUUAGUUAAUUAUUAGUACUCAGAGUUCACUAGACAUGGGCCAAAAUGUAAAGCACUGCACUACAAUCAAGUCAAUGCAUGUGACUCUUUUGCAUGAGUAGAGCAGGGCUAACUCUGCCAUAAUUGGUAUUUCUAUGCCUUACAGACUCUGUCCACACUGUGAUAUAAGGCAGAAUCAUAAUAACAAUUAGAAAAUUAACAGAACAUUUGUAUUCAAACCCAAAAAAAUAGUUCAGUAUAAACAGUCUUCCUUAAGUGGUCCUUUUGAUCCCUUGUGUAAGGGUGUUAACAUUGCUGCUUGAUCUUGAGUUGUGGUAAAUCUAAGACAUUCCAUAGUUGGUGCCAGUGGUUACAUUUCAUCAAAUAUAAUAAGCCCAUUGGAGAAAUUCCUGAAAUUGAUUGAGGGAUCACUUACAAUUGUGAAGGAUCACAGAUCACUUUUACUUUUAAAUAGAACCUACCCCUGAAGCAAAGGUGAAACCAGAGGCAUUCCAGAAACAAAAAAGCUGAGUAUCUGCUUUAUGUUAGCAUAUUACUCAGGAGUGCCUAUAAUAACAAUGUCCCCUGAUGUGAGAUAAGGCAGGGUUUAUGAAGUUGUGAGAAUUUCCAGGCAUGGAAACCAUGUGUUCAUUUAAACGACUAUACCUGCAAUUCUCUGUUAUCUAUGCAGACUAAAAUUUUCAAGGCUGCCUUGUGACUACAUAAGGACAAACUGCUGAGGCAUAAGUCUGAGUAAAUCUCUUGACCAGGCAACAUGACAACUCUCUGCUCUGUACUCCUGCUGCUAUUUGGCGUUACCUUUGCUCAGGCUCUUGACUACAAGGCACUGUGGCAGUUCAGGUCUAUGAUCAUCUGUGUAAAGCCUGAUAGCUGGCCAGCCCUAGACUACGCUGACUAUGGCUGCUACUGUGGUUACGGUGGCUCAGGAAACCCUGUUGACGACCUGGACAGAUGCUGUCAGGUUCAUGACAAGUGCUACAGUGAUGCCAUGCAACAUACGGCGUGCUGGCCAAUCCUGGACAACCCUUACACCGAGAUCUAUGCCUAUAGUUGUGACAAAGCAACUAAGACAAUAACCUGCAAGAGCAACAACAAUGAGUGCGAGAUGUUCAUCUGUGAGUGCGACCGGAAGGCUGCUGAGUGCUUUGCUGUGUCUGACUAUCAUGAGGAAAACAAGAACCUGCCCAGUGAUCGCUGCAAAUAAAUUAUAGAUAACUUGGACACCAUACCAACCACCAGAGCUAACUAGUAUUUGCACUAGUCAGCUAGCCAUUAUAUCAUUUGUGUUUGAUAUGAAAUGUACUCUCAUUAUAAUAACAGUCUUUUUCAUUGCAUGGAAAAUACUAUUAAACCUACCUAUUACAUGGUCAAACACA